UUGCUUCAAUGUCGGACAAACAUGCUUUUUGCAGUGAGCGACGUCACGCGAACGCCUCGCAAUGGUGAGAGGCGGAACGCACUCAAAGCUUAGCGAGAGGAAGAGCGAGAGCACGCGCUCACAGCCGCUCUAAAUCUAUCCCCCAUUCAACACAGCAGCGAGGAGAAGUGGAGUGUGUGAAAACUGGUCAUGUCAGGACAGAGAAAAGGAGCUUCAGCACGUCUUCGAAAAUGUGCCUUCUGUAGAACCAACCGGGACAAAGAGUGUGGACAAUUACUGGUGUCUGAGAACCACAGGGUGGCAGCCCAUCACAAGUGCAUGCUUUUUUCAUCAGCCUUGGUCACAUCUCACUCAGACAGUGAAAACAUCGGAGGCUUUUCUAUUGAAGAUGUAAAGAAGGAGAUAAAAAGAGGAAAUAAACUAAUGUGCACUUCCUGUCACCGGCCUGGGGCGACCAUCGGCUGUGAUGUAAAGACAUGUAGGCGGACGUACCACUACUACUGCGCUCUAUGGGACAAGGCCCAGACAAAGGAGAAUCCUUCCCAAGGCAUCUACCUGGUUUACUGUCGCAAACACAGAGAUUCCUCUCAAGAUGGCAGUGAUGAUGAACAGGGAGUUGCAGCCAAUGACUCGGAUUCAUCUCCACCGAGGAGCAGGGGCAGGGGGCGUUUCGAGAAAAGCAGAAUCAGAGGUGUGUCACGUGGACAGUCAGAUGACACCCGAUCCACCUCUUCGCAAGGCAAUGAUGACACAGAGAGCUCCUCGCAUCGGGACCGGUCUCCUCUGAGAGGCAGCCCCAGUGAUUCAGGCCUUCGCUGUGGCUUUUGUCAUGCUGGUGAAGAUGAGAAUGAAACGCGCGGUGUGCUCCACUCAGACAAUUCCAAGAAGGUUGCUGCCCACUACAAAUGCAUGCUUUUUUCUUCGGGUACCGUCCAGCUAACCACCACCUCACGUGCCGAAUUUGGGAAUUUUGACAUUAAAACGGUUAUCCAGGAAAUCAAGAGAGGAAAAAGAAUGAAAUGCACGCUGUGUACCCAGCUUGGAGCAACCAUUGGAUGUGAGAUAAAAGCCUGUGUAAAGACCUACCAUUAUCACUGUGGACUGCAAGACAAGGCCAAAUACAUAGAGAAUAUGGCUAGGGGCAUUUACAAGCUUUAUUGUAAGAAUCACAGUGGAAAUGAGGAAAGGGAUGAGGAAGACGAGGAAAGAGAAAGUCGCAGUAAAGAGAAAGCUGCUAUUGACAACAGAGCAGAUCCUCCACCGCAGCUCAAUGGCAACUAGAUGGUGCAUGAAGAUGGAAGACAUGAUAUGAAGCGGAUAAAAUAAAUAUUUUUGUAUAAUCCUCAAUUAGAAACUAGGGGCCAGCUCACAAUAUCAGACAAUUUCAGUUUUCCUCUCUUUGACAGUAUUUCAUGGACAUUGUGAAUGAGAAUGUAAGUUCAUUAUCAAAUGCUAUCAAUAUGAUACCGCAGUGUAAACCAUAACAUAGCUGGAUAGGUUUUAUUUAAACACAUGGUAUAUUAAUACUCAAACCAUAUGAUUGGACAGCUGGAACAGUGUCAUCUGUUUGUGCUUGCACCUCCAGUUUCCUCUUUGACAAACUGCUCUUUGACUGGACCCACUCUGCAAAAGACUGCCCUCUGACUGUUUAUAGUGCAUCUCCUCCAAACUAUGACGUUUAAUAAGCCUUCUCCUUCAUGAAACUCUCUUUACCUCUUUUUUCUCUCUUGCAACAUGUAUUAUAUUUUAUUACUGUAUUAUACUCAUGAGUACUAUUGGAUAUCUGUGGUUUUCUUUAUAGUACAGUUCAGGAUUAAAGAAUAUUGGCUAGCAUGCACUUUUCUUUACUUCGUCUCACGUGGUGGUCUUUCUUUCUUCUUUUUUGUUUUUCUUUUUUCGCUCUGUAUAUGCAGAUGUUCCACACAGGCAUUAUGUGCUUUGUGUUUUCAGUUUUCCAUUUGGUGGCAGUAAUUCAAAAUAAGAGUCCUGGAAGGCAGAUGCUUUUAAAUAUAGAUGAAGUUAUUGUUUGAGGAAAAAGCCUAAUACAAAAUAUAUUCUUGA